AUGGCCACUAAUCUCCUCACCUUUCCCCCCGCCGGCAUCCGUGCCUGUGCCGCCUCCGCCGACCGACGCUCCGACCAUAACCGUCGGAAAACCUCCUCCUCUUCCAACUGGUGGGCCCCGGUCUUCGGCUGGUCCUCCGAACCCGACUAUAUCGACUCCGCCAACAAGGCCGAACCUCAGGACCUAGCCGGCGGUGUUUCAAAAUCGGAUCCGGAGACGAAAUCCGUUAGGGCUCGAUUCUCCCCCGGCUGCUUCACGGAGGCGAAGGCUCGGCAGCUGCGCAUGAUGACGACGGAAACGGAAUCAUUUCACGACGUUAUGUACCACUCGGCGAUCGCAUCUCGGCUCGCUUCCGAUUUCAAAACUCGCGCUGAUUCCUGA